GAUUUUCUUGGACGAAGUCCACCGUUUUGCGCUCCGUCCGCUCCCGCUUUCCCACCAACCAUCAACCAUCAACCAACCUCUUGCCACCUCGACUGCUACCAUUGGACCGAACUCCGGUUAGUAGUGCAUUCACUCACACAUGAGACACAAACAUACUCGCUCAGGAUUGACUUCAGUAGUGCCAAUGGUUAUAUCCUGGUUGAAACCAGAAAAUGUGUCUUGACCUCGAACGUCAUUUCAAGUGACACUUCCGUUAAUAGAAUAGACAAUCUAACCCGAUCAAAAAAACAAACAAUAUGGACCAAUUUGUACCUAUUCCACAUCCCGGAGCCUCUGCGGGGUUUCCUGCCACAAGUUUUCGGCCCGUGCCCGUGGUGUCCCCCAAACCAGUUGCUUCAACAACGGAGAGUUAUUCGGCCUUUCCAAGUGAGACCAGUGAUUACAUGUACAACUAUCGGGACGUCAAUAAUGACGAGGUUGAGGGAGACUAUUACGAUUAUUCCGGAACAUAUUCGGACUACGUGAUCCCGCCCAGUCUUGAGAAACUCUACAAAAGGCCCUUUCGGCGAGAGAAGUUGCCAAAGCAUCAUUACAGUGAUCGAGACAGACCAAUGGGAAAUCGUAUCCGUGGUAUCCGAAAUAAUGAUGCAAUUUUCAGACAAGGCAGCAGCGACCUCAGUUGGGUGGCGGGUCUCGCCGCCAAUGCCAUCAAGAUCUUCUCCCUAUUAACAAGUUUCGGUGGAGGCUCGGACGACUCAGACUCAUCUGGGUCGUCUCCUGAUAGGAUUGACACCAACACGGUGGCAGGAGCUACCGCAGCCGCAGAUGAUAUUGACAUUGCCAUAGCCACUCUGUCCUCCUAUGGAGGCAAAUACCUGAGAAAAAUGGCUUUCUGGGCUUGGGAGCAUGCCACUGCCACUCCGUCCAAUUCGAUUCCAGAGGCUCCGCCUACUGCAAGCACAACGACAACAACGACGGAGUCUGUGGAUAGCAUCUCAAACAAGGUCGGAUCUGUGGCAUCUGUUGUGACAAGCACAUCCACUAAAGCCCCAGGCAAGAGAAAGAGUCCCUUGCAAGAACUCAGUCCUGAGGAGUUGGAGAAAUUGGGAUUGGAAGCUGUGGGGGCAGGUGCCGAGCCCACAAAGCUUCAACAAGCCUUUGCCUCAGCUCAGAUCAGUGGGGACUGGACCUCAUUGGAGAACGAGAUUGUUAAUGCCCUUGGAGAGGAUGCCUUACCCAAACCAGAGCCUUCCAACCCCAUUGAGGCUAUUGGUAACCUUAUCAGCUCGGCGCAAGAGGCUGUAAACCCAACCAGUUCACCGACCUCAAGCUCUUCUUCCACAUCGUCUUCGUCAACAGGAGGUGGUCUCAUGUCCACCAUUCUGAAGCAGGCAUCAAGCCUUGUAAAUGGCUUCGUUGGGAGUGGUUCUAGUGGCGCUCAAGGAGUGGACAAGAUCGGAGAGGCCGCUGAGACAGGUGGAGCAACUGCAGCUGCAGAGCCCGAGGGUUUUGUCCAAACCUUCAUGACGAAAAUGGAUCGUGUGGUUAAUGGUGGAGCGGCACCAGCUUCUGCAACAAAGCCCGGCACCCUGGUCGCCUCCGGGGCUCUCCAAGAUUCAAUGAUCACCCGGUUCAUCAAUGAGUUUGAGCUCCAGCAGGAAGCAUUGGCACUCCAAAACUCUGUGAAUAAGCUCAUCAGCACGGUAAACACUUUCAUGGGAGACGACGAGGACGGCGAUUCUGAUGGGUCCAAUGUCUCGUCAGUCAACAAAAUUGGAGUGGCAGCCGGCGAAUCCAGCACCUCCUCGUCCAGCAGCGGCGGGGUCAUCAACGCCCUUGCCAGUAUUCCAGCUGGUAUUGUGUCCUCCGUUGUGAGUGGACUCAAAUUCCUGGCUCCUGGCACGCCCACCGCUGAGAAUAAGAUUGGUGCGGAUGGUUUGGAGACAUUCAGUGAAGUGGACCAAUUCAAUCCGGUAAACUCAGUAGCUCUGGCGGGACUCGGAACUGCAGCCAUCGGAUCCGUUCUCUGGACCGUGUAUGUGUCUUCGGUGGAAAAUCGGCGGCGUCAAGGACGAAGUCCGAGGGAUCCAAAGAUGCUAGAACUUGGUCAACAUUUCUAUAGUGGCUUGGAAGACAUCGUGCAUCGCAUGGAAGAUUGCCAUGACACAUUCAGGUUCUGCCAAGGCGACUACGACACGGACAAUUGGUCGUUGAACAACCUUCAGGCCCAAAAGCGAUCCCACGUGUGUGCCGUGCGAAGGAGAGCGUGUCUUCGAGUGAUUUUGGCGGAACAAAAUGAGGAGGAUUCAGUGAAAUUAUGAAACAUUUCUAGGGCGUGUCCUCCACCCCUUGUCAUAUAGGUGUCUAAUAUAUAUAUGUCUGAGUGUUUGCGCGUACGUGUACAAGGGUGUUAUGCAAAAGAAAAGAAAGUUUCUUCUUUGUACAACAUGUAAAUAAUUAUCAACAAUAAAGAAGUUGUGAAUGAGCCA